CGGGGGAAAAUGCCGACGGCCUAGGCCCGGCCGAGGCAGCCCGGAGCUUGGCAGCGGGGUGUUUUUGUGCGGGUGUCUGUGUGUCGGUGAGCGCAGCGUGGAGCUCGGUUGUACGUGCAUCUGUUGCGUUGUGCGUGCGUUUGCGGCCUUCUUAAAGCCUGUCCCCAGAGAGAAGGUACAACACACCAAAGCUGACAGGCAAAUGAAGUGGGGCUGAAAAAAUAUCUCUAGUUGCUGGUUAUAAGAGAAUUUGCAAUGGCAAUGCUCUGGAAAUUCAUGAGAGUAGCCAAGUAUUCUAAAACAGCAUUACCACCAAAAAUAAAAGUAAGAGGAAUUCCCACCCAUUCAAGGCAGUCUGUACCUUCAGAUUUUGCUGCCAGCGUACCCUGCUCAAAUGCUGUGGAACUGUUUGGUAAAUCUUACCCUCAGGAUGACUACAGCAAUGUCACAGAGAAGAUUCUUUCCAAAGUGGGGAAGAACUUGCAUAACAAAAAGCAUCACCCUUUGUGGCUAAUCAAGGAGCAGGUGAAGGACCACUUUUACAAGCAAUAUACAGGCCGCCGUGGGAAUCCACUCUUUUCUGUCUACGAUGGUCUUUCGCCAGUGGUUACAGUGCAGCAGAAUUUUGAUAAGUUACUCGUCCCACGGGACCAUGUCAGCAGAAGAAAGGAGGAUAACUAUUACUUGAAUCGUGGUCACAUGUUAAGAGCACACACAUCAGCUCACCAGUGGGACUUGAUACACUCCGGUCUGGAUGCCUUUCUGGCAGUGGGAGAUGUUUACCGCCGUGAUACAAUUGACAGCACCCACUACCCAGUCUUUCAUCAGAUGGAAGGAGUUCGGCUCUUCUCCUGUCACGAGUUAUUCUCCAAUAUUAAAGAUGGUGAAGGCUUCCAGUUGUUUGAGCAAGGGCAUCGCACUGCACACAAACAAGAAUGUCAUACCAUGGAGGCAGUGAGGCUGGUGGAGUUCAAUCUGAAACAAGUGCUCACAAAGCUCAUGACUCACAUCUUUGGUGAUGGACUGCAAGUCAGAUGGGUAGACUGCUACUUCCCAUUUACUCACCCUUCCUUCGAGAUGGAGAUCAACUUCCAAGGAGAAUGGCUGGAGGUCCUGGGCUGUGGCGUCAUGGAACAACAGCUGGUUAACUCAGCUGGUGCUCAGGAUAAAAUUGGCUGGGCUUUUGGCUUGGGCUUAGAGAGGCUGGCCAUGAUCCUGUAUGAUAUCCCUGACAUCCGACUGUUCUGGAGUGAAGAUGAACGCUUCUUGAAGCAAUUUAUUGUGCCUCAUAUUUCCCAAAAAAUAAAAUUCCAGCCACUCAGCAGAUACCCACCUUUGAUCAAUGACAUCUCCUUUUGGCUGCCUACUGAGACAUAUUCAAAGAAUGAUUUCUAUGACUUGGCCCGAAGUGUUGGUGGAGACCUGAUAGAAAAAGUUGUCCUACUGGAUGAAUAUACCCAUCCAAAGACAAAGAAGGUCAGCCAUUGCUACCGUAUCAUUUACCGUCACCCGGAGAGGACUUUAACACAGAAUGAGGUGCAUCGUAUCCAUCAAGCUAUUGAAGAAUCAGCAGUUCGAGAACUUGGGGUUGAGGGCAGGUUCUAGCAUUGCUGGUCUGAUGCCCUAAUGAAAGUUGUUUUCUCAUUUUUUUUCCCUUUUUUCUUGUUUUUUCUUUUUUUUUCUUUUUUCUUUUCUUUUUUUUUUUUGGAAUGUGGGAUACAAGUGAAGAGAAAUUCUGUGACUGAACCUAGCGUAUGAAACAAAUGAUAAGUGGGCGAUGGUGAAAUUACCAGAUAAUAAACAUUUCUAUUAAGAAAUAA